AUGACAGUGAUGUUGAGCAAAAACGAGCCCAUCUUGUUUGAAGUACCAGACAGUGCCUUUAGUUUUCAACACUGCCUGUCUGACACACAGUGGGAUAAAACAUUGGCUUUGUCACACCACCAGUGUGGUGGGAAUGUCAACCUGUACCAGGAGGCCGCUGGUCACAUCCAUCUCACCCCACCAGAACUUUUUACUCACACCAACAGGCUCGACCCAGUGAACCACCAGACUGACAGAACCCUGCCAGUUUCAAUUUGCACUUGGAUGUUUGAUAUACCUUUGGGUCGCACGGUACUUUUAAAGUUAGUGUCGUUGGAAAUUGGUUCAAGCAUAUCAGUGCGCUGUGUUUGGAAUGAGGAAGAUCAGGUCUUGGAAAGCGGGGGGACUGCCCUGCUCUCAGGCUGUAACACAAACAAAGCCACCCUCACUUGGACAGGAACAGGACACUCUUCAAAUGCAGUUCAGCUGUCCUAUUAUGUUCAGGAAGAUGUGAGGAAUUCCUUGGAGGACCAGACCAACCCACAUUCAGAUCAAGACCUUGUACGCUGGUCUCAGACAGGAACCAGCUUUACAAGUGCUGCUCCUGUUGACCAAGAGAUGGUGAGAGGGACAGAAUGGGGCAGAGGUCGCCUUAACGAAGGUCUGAAGUGGAGCUCUGGGCCUCAAUCUGUGUCUGGUCCCUCCUCUCGGGACCAGGGGCUGCUGCACCCCACCUCACCCCUGCCGGGACACACUGUGGCUGGGAGAGCUGAUAGGGAAACUCUCUCUCUUCCUGAGGAAGCACCAAACAAUAGAGCGGAUACAUCUGUGGUUGCUCACCUCACUGAUGGUCCCAUGUCUGCCAAAGAGAGAACACACCCCUAUUUUCAUACACAGCAUACACUCAGUACAGAAACACCCUAUCACACAGAAAACACAGAAACAAACUCUAGCGACGAGCCCCCUAAAACCCAGAUGGCAUACACGCUGACAGAUUCUAGAGCCAGUAACUCCAAAACCAUGCUUGGCACAGAAACGCGCAAAUAUACUCAGAUGUCUAAACACACAGACAAACAUACAACUACACAAGCUCAUUCCACUGUGUCCAGCUCCAGUGUGCUUCCUCUCACCUCCUCUGUCCCUGACCUAUCUCCAUUGACAACUAGGGAGAGUGAUACCAUCCUAAUCCCACGCAGUGGAGCUGUUAGUGGGUCACCCGUAGAGAAGCAGCCCCAUGCCUGGAGGAGCCUGCGAAGUACAGACAGACUUAACUCUGAUCUGACAUCCGCCAUCACCCAUGACCCUUCAAAAUCACCUCAGUGGGAUGACUCAAGCAGUGCACACACUGAUACUGAAUCCACUGCAUCAUCAGAGAGCCCCAGCAGGACACAUUCAUCCACCUCCCACAUACCAGAGUUUGACGCUGCCGUUGGAACUGUGGUAGCAGCAUCAUCUCAUCCAAACAGUGGUCAAAGCAACUCAUAUGUAUCAGAUGUUGCCAGUCAAACAGCGCCAUUUGAAUCCACUGCAGAGUUUGAUAACACAGUGAAGUUUCAGACUCUCAUGUCUGAACUGGAUUCAGCUUCACAGACUCAAACAAAUGCUCCACAGAGCAAAGAGAGCUUCACACACUCGCCACCUCAUUACACGUUGUCACCACUCACACAGCCAAGCACAUGCACCGGUGACAUUGGGAGACGUCCAGGACUUAGCUGA